AUGAAGUUCCUCAAGGUCGGCCGAGUCGCCAUCAUCACCCGCGGCAGAUACGCCGGAAAGAAGGUUGUCAUCAUCCAGCCCGUUGACAACGGCAACAAGCCUCACCCUUUCGGCCACGCCCUGGUUGCCGGCAUUGAGCGAUACCCCUCCAAGAUCACCCGCCGCAUGUCCAAGACUCGCCAGGAGAAGCGAAACAAGAUCAAGCCUUUCAUCAAGGUCAUCAACUACAACCACUUGAUGCCCACUCGCUACACCUUGGAGCUCGAGGGCCUCAAGGGCGCCGUCUCCAACGACACCUUCAAGGAGGUUUCCCAGCGCGAGGAUGCCAAGAAGACUGUCAAGAAGGUGCUCGAGGAGCGAUACACCAGCGGCAAGAACCGAUGGUUCUUCACCCCUCUCAGUAUGUUGUACCAUCGCUGCGCCAUACCACUCGAGCAGAGCUGCACCAAAACCCGCUGA